CCACUGUGUCUCUGCUCUUUCUCUGCGCUUAGCUCUGCUGACAAGCUGCGUGGCUUCACGAAAGCAAACAAUACAACUUUUUGAUACAAUUGACGCUGUCUAUAAUUAUAAAUAAUAAUAAAAGCGUACGACGCGCACUAAUGGCUCGGGCACGUUGCUGCAUUUUGGGACACGACACAGUUUUACGCUCGGAGAAGAAGCGGGUUUGUUUGAACUGAGCCACAAACUUCAAACGCAUCGACGACGGCGGAACAAGCUGAAACGGAGAUAAAGGAAUCCGCACCAGCGCUGCUGUUAUCAAGGUCUGUUUCAAGAUGUCCGUCAGUAACCACGAAAACAGAAAGUCUCGCUCCAGCUCUGGCUCCAUGAAUAUCCACCUUUUUCACAAGACGUCUCACGCCGACAGCCUCUUGACUCAGCUCAACCUGCUACGCAAAAGGAAAGUCUUCACAGAUGUCAUCCUCAAGGCUGGCAACCGAUCCUUCCCCUGUCAUCGCGCCGUCCUGGCCUCCUGUAGCCGAUACUUUGAGGCCAUGUUCAGUGGUGGGCUCCGGGAGAGUCGUGACGCUGAAGUCGACUUUCAUGACUCUCUCCAUCCAGAGGUGCUGGAGCUUCUGCUUGACUAUGCCUACUCAGCAAGAGUCAUUAUCAACGAAGAAAAUGCAGAGUCGCUCCUGGAAGCUGGAGACAUGCUCCAGUUUCACGACAUCAGAGACGCAGCAUCAGAGUUUCUAGAAAAGAAUCUUCACCAGUCUAACUGUCUGGGGAUGAUGCUGCUGUCGGACGCCCAUCAGUGUCAGAGACUGUAUGAGCUGUCAUGGAGGAUGUGUCUGGCAAACUUUGCUUCUCUCUUCAGGACAGAGGACUUCCUCAGCCUGCCCAGAGACAAAGUCCAGGAACUGAUUCUCAGCGAGGAACUGGAGGUGGAGGAUGAGAGCCUGGUGUACGAGGCUGUUAUUGACUGGGUUAAGGCAGACAUGGAGCGAAGGCACAGCGAGCUGCCCGAGUUGCUGCGCUGUGUCCGCUUGGCGCUGCUCCCUGAAACAUACCUGCUGAAGAAUGUAGCGUCAGAGGAGCUGGUGAUGUGUCACAAGGUGGGCCGGGAGAUUGUUGAAGAUGCUGUGCGGUGUAAGAUGAGGAUCCUCCAGAACGACGGUAUUGUAACAGGGUUCUGUGCUCGGCCAAGAAAGGUCAGCCAGGCCCUGCUGCUGCUGGGAGGUCAGACUUUCAUGUGCGAUAAAGUCUACAUGAUCGAUAACAAGACCAAGGAGAUCACCCCAAAAACAGACAUCCCCAGCCCCAGGAAAGAAUGCAGUGCCUGUGCGAUAGGUUGUAAGGUUUACGUUACAGGAGGACGUGGCUCUGAAAACGGAGCCUCCAAAGAUGUUUGGGUCUAUGACACGUUACAUGACGAGUGGUCCAAAGCAGCCCCCAUGUUGGUAGCCAGAUUUGGACACGGUUCUGCAGAGCUGGACCACCAGCUGUAUGUUGUGGGAGGACACACUUCUCUAGCAGGAUCUUUUCCUGCCUCUCCCUCUGUGUCUCUCAAACAGGUGGAACAGUACGACCCUCAGACUAAUAAAUGGACGCUGGUGGCUCCGCUCAGAGAAGGGGUGAGCAAUGCUGCUGUUGUUGGCGCCAAAAACAAACUCUUUGCCUUUGGGGGCACCAGCGUCAACAGAGAAAAGUAUCGCAAGGUUCAGUGCUUUGACCCUUGCCAAAACCGUUGGUCUGUACCAGCUGCCUGUCCGCAGCUGUGGCGAUACACUGCUGCAGCUGUGGUUGGCAACCAUGUUGUGGUGAUUGGUGGUGACACUGAAUUCUCAGCUAGCUCUGCCUACCGAUUCAACAGCGAGACGUACCAGUGGUCGAAGUUUGGAGACGUGACGGCCAAGCGCAUCAGCUGCCACGCAGUGGCAUCUGGAAACAAACUGUAUGUGGUCGGGGGAUACUUUGGUGCUCAGAGGUGCAAGACACUAGACUGUUAUGAUCCAUCAUCGGACUCUUGGGAAAGUGUGACCAGUGUGCCCUACUCUCUCAUUCCAACCGCCUUUGUCAGCACGUGGAAGUACCUCUCUGCAUAGUGGGAUACGCUCUCUGAGGUUUUUAUGAUCAGCCGUGGUGUCUGGUAUGUGGUCUCCCUUCACUGUCUGCAGAGAGGAGGAGGAGGAGGACGAAGGUUGUGUGU